GUCUGCCUCCCCAGUGUGAGUGUGAGUCUGCCUCCCAGUGUGAGUGUCUGCCUCCCCAGUGUGAGUGAGUGUCUGCCUCCCCAGUGUGAGUGUGAGUCUGCCUCCCAGUGUGAGUGUCUGCCUCCCCAGUGUGAGUGUGAGUCUGCCUCCCCAGUGUGAGUGUGAGUGAGUGUCUGCCUCCCCAGUGUGAGUGUGAGUGAGUGUCCGCCUCCCCCCUCCCUCACCUCCUCGGAGUAGGCUCGGGCCGCCCUCACUCCAGCCAACAUGAUCCCACCGGAAGCGGCUCGGAGCUGGCGGACACAGACAGCAAGGACAACCUGACAGAGCGGAAACCGGGGGCAGGUCCGACCGGCAAUGCGCUCCGGGUAACUUCCGGCGGGCGGACAGGCGGACAGGCAAGAGAGUUCCGGCCGUAAAGUGAGAGAGCGGAGCUGUGGGAGCCGGGCUGGCACGGGGACACGGGGGUAACAACUAUCCGAUAACACGGGGACACGGGGGUAACUAUCCGGUGGGAACACUGCUCCCAGUAACACCGGGGACGGGGCGAUAACACCGCGGGGUAUUCACUAAACGGCGAUCUGGCGGGGUGUAGGCCCCUGUAGCGGAGCUGGAGACAUGGUGGGUGGGGGGCUGGGGGGGGGAGUUCAGCCAUUGUUUCCUAUAUCCGGCAUUUCCCAUGGGAGUCUGCGAUUUAUUUAAUAAAGCUGUCUGUGUGCGCAGAGCCUGGGGCAGUAAACACUGUGUCACCGUGAAAUAGCCCGGCUGUCACCGCACAGGGGCCACCAAUUUAUUGUUCAAACUAGUCCUCACCCCCUCAGUCACCCCCUCCCCCAGGCCAGGAUUUAGGGGAUACCCAGCCGUGUCUCCCAUGUUCUGAUUUCUUUUCUAAAAACACCUUAGACACAAAUGGGUAACCCCUAAAUCCUGGACUGGGGGAGCCUAAUCAGGACUGGUUUGCCAACUUUGGGGUUUACGCAUUCAUAAACGGUUAAACCACUUAAGGUAAGGCUUGGCUUCCUGGCACCAUGACAAGUUAAGUGAGAUGAAGUUGUUAUGGUGCCUGGAGUGUCCCUUUAAGUCAUUUAAUGUUAUUCUCUAAACUCUGAAUUUUAAAGUAUUCAAAACCAAAUGGCACAAUUUAGGCAAACAGCUGAUUUGAGAUAUUCUCCAAAUCUGUAUCCGACACAGUUUGCCUUUCAAAUUGUAGCAAUUUGAAAUCCAGAUUUAACAAGAUUAUUCACUAAACUUUGAACUAUUGGAAUUUGAAAUACAAAUGACAAAACCGAGGAUCAUAUACUACAGUAGUUUUCAGCCCAGUCCUAAAGUACCCCCUACCAUGCCAGGAUUUAGGGAAUACCCAGUUGUGUCUAAGGUUUUUGUUUUGUUUUUGUUUUUUUAGAAAGUAAGAAAAAACACCAUAGACACAACAGGGUAAUCUCUAGUUCCUGUCCUGGUAGGGGAUACUUGGGGACUGGGUUGACAACCCCUGAUAUUGAUCAUUUGGAAAAACUCUCCAACUCGUCUACCAUCACAGCUUGGAUACAUUAGCCUCAAGUUUGCCAUUCAGAUCUCUGUUUCGCUACAGUUUGCUGUUCAGCCAAUCCCCCAGCUAUGUUUGUAGUUUAGCUACAAACAUAAGUUCCUUGCAGUUCACAAAUAAGUGAAUAACUCUGUAUGAUUUAUUUACUAUACCGUGACUUAUGCUGAUAUUCACAACAAUUUGCAGAAUUCAGAUUAAAAUAGCCUAGCUGUUUCUUGAAUCUAUCUAUUUCGCUUGUAAAACUGAAAGGAUUAUUCACUUAAAGUCAAAGUUUUGUAAAUUAAUUCUGAAUGAAAAAAACAAAGUCAAACAUAUCUGGUCUGUUUCAGGUCACUUCAGAUCAUUUAUGUCAUAUUAUAUACUCUGCAUGUUAAGUAAACAGUAAAGAUUUAGCCACUAAACUCUGAGUUGUGAUAGAUUGAAAAUCAGAUUGAUAAAAUCAGCUAAGAGUUGUUUUUUUAAAUGUGUUGUUUUGAGGUAAAUUUGUGCAGUUAUGUUUCUUUAGGGAAUAAAUGCUUAUUAGAAAUUUACCAAACUGCCUCUAAUUUGUUCUGGGUGGACUCCGAAUCGGUUUUAAAUUGGUUAAAAAAAAAAACCCAGAGUCAUAAAUACAGGCAGGAGUCGCAGCCCAUUUAUGAAUAACUACAAAUUACAAAUCAUGGACUUUAACAGCUUGUUGGCCGUUUUACGUACUUAUUUAAUAACAGAUGUAUGUUUUUGACUUUUUCUUUCAAGUUGCAGAAAUCCCAGUUUUGAUUUAAACAUGGAUCCUUCAGAGGAUGCUAGCGCUCAGAAUCUUGGCAGCUCCACGGAGGAGAAUUAUUUUGUAACCUACACUUUCACAGAUCGAUCCCACAGCAGCAGAGUAGCUCAGAGCAUCAUGAAGCUCUGUAUGGAAGAGGAGCUGUUUGCUGAUGUCACAAUUCUAGUGGAAGGAAAGGAGUUUCAGCUUCACAGGUUGGUCCUGUCUGCUCAGAGCUGCUUCUUCCGCUCCAUGUUUGCUUCAAACCUGAAGGAAGGCCGAAACCGCGUGAUUGAGCUCCAAGAUGUGAGUGAAAGUGUUUUCCAGCUCCUGGUGGAUUACAUCUAUCACGGCACGGUUAAGCUAAGGUUGGAGGAGCUGCAGGAAACGUACGAGGUGGCAGAUAUGUAUCAGCUGACAGCAUUGUUCGAAGAGUGCUCGCGCUUUCUCGUUAGAACGGUUCAGGUUAAAAACUGCCUGCAGAUCAUGUGGCUGGCAGACCAGCACAGCGACACAUCACUCUACACAGCAGCCAAACACUGCGCCAAAACACACCUGUCUCAGCUGCAUGACUCAGAGGAAUUUCUUAACCUUCCAUUACGGCUACUUACAGACAUCAUUGCAGGUAAUGUAGCAGUGCAUUCCUCAUCUGUUCCCUGUAUUGUGAAGGGGAAGAGUAGUGUUGGCUUACAGAUGGCCUUCUAGUGAGCACUUAUGAGCUAUAUUAUUAUAACAUAUACCAGGACAAGUAACAAGUAUAAAUAUACGCUGUGUCUGAUCUGAGUUUUUAUGGUAAAGUGGUUCACAUUACCAGGUUUAGAAUAUAUUAACUGGCUGAAAGGCGUCAGCCUACACUCUUUGCCAAUCAAUACUAUUUAAAACUGGUAUGAGUAGGUAUGAUAAUGCCUGAUUUAUCAUACCAACUCAAACCAUAAGAACUACAGGUGACUGACACAAUUAGGUAAGUGUCAAACUGUUAGCAAACAAAUUGAUGGAUUAUCCUCAAACACUACCAUGGGUCCCUGGCACCAUACCUAUUACAGAAAUCUCUUAAAGAUAACAAGCAGUGUAACAAAUCAAAAUGAGGAGCCCAUCCUACAAACUGCUUAAUGCCCCUUCCCAUGUUUCUUUCCCCUUUAAAAGUGUAUAAACAAAUAUGCAGCCUUUAUUAUUUCUGGUGACGCUGUAUCAUUAAUAUCCUUCAAGCUGCAGUGAAUCCCUGAAUAAGGAUUAGGUUACUUGUGCUUACAUUAACUGGACAAUAAGUUACACUGCCUGUUAACAGAGUUCCUUGAGCCCGGGUACUGGCAUAUCGGUACAUUAUUGACACUACUAAUUUGUAGCUGUUGUUCCCACAGUGGCAUUUCACUCUGUUAACAGGCAGUGUAACUGUAUCACUUGAGGAUUUCUUACAACAAUUAUUUGAACUAAAAUUUGUUUGUAUACCCCCUUUUAACUAUUUACAUUAAAAGUGAAGUUUUAAUUAUCUUUCCUCCUUUUGUGAUCUCCCUGAGCCCAACCUAUCCUAAGGUCACCCCUCUAUAACGAGGCAACUACCACUCUGCAGGACACUAUCAUUUAUCCUGACCUUUCUCCUGUCUCCCUUCCUUAUUGUUUAGUUUAAUAGUGCAUUUCGUUGCACUAGGGGUUAACCCCCGCUCAGGAGUAAGAUUAUUGUACUAUCUUCCUUCCCCUUGUUUUUUGUUACAUUAACUGGAGUUUACUGGGAUUUCAGGGUAGCCUCGAAGACUACAAGUUGAUUGUUCUGUAAGGUUGAACAUGCUUCCGCACCUUAAAACCUAUAGCAAGGAAGGAGAUUUUGUGCUAUCUUGCCAUUCUCCAUAAAGUCUAAAGGCUUACUAAAAUCCACUUUAAAAAAUGAUAAAUACGGAAGUGGUUUUAAUUCUUACAUUGUUACCUUUAGUUUACCUAUGUCUCAGCUGUAAAUAAAUCCCUUGUUCCUUAUAUCAGGCUCAUAGUGAUCAAUGCUUAGAUGUUUUGUUUUCUCUCCUGUAACAGAUGGAGUUCCUUGUUCACAGAAUCCUACAAUGGCUAUCAAAAGUUGGAUACAUUUCAACAAGGAAGAACGCGAGGAGUUUUCGGACAUUCUGCUGUCCAGUCUGAAGGUAAACAUGUUGACGAUUUUAGUUUUCAUUUUUGUAAAGAAAACUAAACAUCUAUCUUAAAGAAGUAGGAAAUGCAGGUCUAGGAGGACACCGAUCCCUCAAUCCCUCUUCUUUCCUAAGUGUUGCAUAGUUGUGAAUGAUGACACUGGAAUUUUCACUGUUCUAUUGAAUUGGUAAGAGCGUAGAGAUCGUGAGAUUGGUGCCACCAGCACUGUUAGAAUGGGCUGUAAACGUCACAAAGAUUACAACAUCCGUUGAACAAGCAUUGUUAGAAUAGACUGGAAAGAGCACAGAGAAGCAGAUCUCCAUCUUCUUUUCAAUAGAUGUCACUAAAAGUUGCACGUUUACUGGGUCCCUUAUGGCACAAAGAGUCCGUGAUAAGCAGUCCCUCUCGUAUAGUUAUGGCCAUGAUAAUCUAGUAAAACCUCGUUGUCAUACACUAUAUACAGAAGACCCGAGGAGUAUAUUGCUUCCAUAAGCUCCGAAGUCUGCGAAGUUUGCAGUGUCCAACAUCUUUACACUAACAUAAAAUGACUAAAGUGUGAAGCCAUUGAAUAGUGAAAAAUACAAUCUUGUUUUGCACGUGUCUUUCAAGCUGAUGCCUAAGGUCUAGUGAAAAUCAAGAGUCCUUUUCAACACUUUUUACUAAGGUUUCUGGCCCCACUAUUAUCCAAUUUGAUGUAUAAUGAGCCUUGCCAGCGGUUUCUAGACUGCAACAUUACCUGCAGGCAGAUAAUUCUCUGUGCUGUAAUCCAAAACUCUGUAAUACAUGUUCUUAUAGAACCCACAUUUUUCAAUUAAUGAAAUGGCGUUAUUACUAUCUGUACAUCACUGCUGAAUAUAAUAAUAUUUCUUGCUUUUUUAUUUCUAACCAGCAAUUAGUCUUAUUAAAUAUUGUAAAGAAUUCUAAAAUAUAAUAAGACAUGUUCAACAUGCAAGAAAAUGUUUUUUACAAAUCAAUUAAGCCUAGAUUUUUUUUUUCCAUACAUGUCCACUUUGGUAUUCUGUAUUUUGCUUUGUGCAUUAUUUUACAUCAGCCUUUAGAACUGUCUUUUUGUCUUUCUAGGAGAUUGGCGAGAAUGUACAUAUUUACCUGAUUGGAAAGGAGGAAUCUCGCACCCAUUCUAUUGCAAUCUCCUUGCACUGUGCACAGGAUGAUUCAAUCAGCGUCAGUGGGCAGAACAGCUUGUGCCACCAGAUUACAGCGGCUUGCAAACAUGGUGCUGACCUGUAUGUUGUGGGAGGCUCCAUUCCCCGACGCAUGUGGAAGUGUAACAUGGAGACGAUGGACUGGGAGCGAUGCGCCCCUCUCCCAAGAGACCGUUUACAGCACACGCUUGUAUCUGUUCCCAGCAAAGAUUCCAUUUACUCCCUAGGAGGAAAAACUCUACAGGACUCCUUAUCCAAUGUAAUCAUUUACUAUCGAGUACAAGACAAUGUUUGGACAGAAACAAGUCAGCUAGAGGUAUCAAUCUCUGGGGCGGCUGGUGUAUACCUUAAUGGUAUUAUAUACCUGAUGGGAGGAGAAGAGAAUGACCUGGACUUUUUUACUAAACCCUCACGCCUUAUCCAGUGUUUCGAUACCAAUACUGAGAAAUGCCAUGUGAAGCCAUACUUGCUACCCUUUGCUGGACGCAUGCAUGCGGCUGUGCAUAAGGACCUGAUCUUUAUCGUUGCAGAGGGUGACCAGCUGGUCUGUUACAACCCGCUACUGGACAGCUUCACCCGACUCUGCCUCCCUGAGGUCUGGAGCUCUAGACCGUCCCUCUGGAAAAUCGCAAGCUGCAAUGGCUGCCUAUAUGUGUUUCGAGACCACUACAAGAAAGGAGACGCCAACACCUUCAAGUUGAACCCAGCCACAUCUGUCGUGACGGUAACCAGCGGUAUCCGGUUCUUGCUCACCAACCUGCAGUUCUUACUGGCAUGAUAGUAACACACUCAGUAUCUGAGCAGCAUGAAAUGUGAACUGUGCUUUUGCACACCUUCUCUUUCUAGAGGGUCAACCCCAUCCACUCAGCUGCCAGAAUGAUGCAGAAACUGGGUAGAUUGUAUUCCAAAGAGUUGCAAGGGACCAACUACAUAAUGCGGUGGGCUUAUUGUACCAGGCUUUGCUAGCAGGUAGCUAUGUGUUCUUGUUUCCUAGUUACAUUCUGCUAGGUUAUGUCGAAGUUUAUGAUCAGUGUUUGUUCCAUUCAUAACCAAGCAAAUGUAUGUGGCUUUGUGGCCAUUUUACAAUUUGACUGUAGAAGUCCUAAAUCUAUAUUGUAGAGUAUUUCCCUAUGAUUUACAUCUAGUUAGCCACUGGCAUCUUUCAAAGAAUUCACCACAAAACAUAAGCAAGAUGAAAUGAAUGUUAACAUGUGGUGAUUCCUUCUGCAACCUUUGUCUAGAAAGAGUAAUAUUAUUUUUAAAAGAAAGAGUACGCAAAUAAUAGUUACAAGUUUGUAAUUUAUUUUAAUUGCCCUGCAUAAGCUUGCCAUAAAAGAGCUCAUACUCUCCGUUUUCAUAACAUUGGUUCAAUCUUGGUACCAUGUAAGUUAAAAAUCAUCAUUAUGGAACGAUGUGUGGAAACCACACCAACAUGCUCCUGAACCGACAGACUUUAGUCCACCAACAUAUUUAACCCCAAGUGGUUAUCCGGCACCUGUGUCCUACAGAGCCAACAUGGCGGUACCAGUUAUGAGCAGGACUGAGACACAAACCCAGCCAUAUAUGAUGAGGGGAUGUCUGUGUUUCUGUGACACUCUGAUCAUGUGCAUCUCAGGAGUUCCAGCACAUGGCUUCAAAGACUUGACCUUUCUGUCCAAGUUUAUGUCUUGAAACUCUAUAAAAUAUGUAUUGCUAUUGGCAUGGGGAACUGUACUUUAAGGCUCAGGAUGUGAAGUACAAAAUAUAAUGUAGAGCAGUGCUUCUCAAACCAUUCUUCAAUCACUACCAGUGGUCCAGGGAUUAUGACUUUGCCCAUUGGAAUAAAACCUGGUAAACCCUGUACUAUUUCUGGCUGUUGGUUUCUGGUCUGAUCAGCACAGAGUUUUUCAAAUUCUAAUAAGAGGUAUAUCGUUUAAUUUAAAAAGCUGCUUCAGUUGACUGUGUCUUUAAUUUAAUUACAAUGAAGACAUUUAUAAAACAGUUAUUUUGUUUUCUGGGCAUAUUUCAGCUGAUUCAUUGUGUACUAAAAAUUCAGAUUUAGAAUCUUAAAUUUUUAUCCUCAUCUUUGCCAGAUUUUAUUCACAAGUCCAUCAUGUGUCACUGUUUUCGUAAACAUGUGGAGAUUGAAGUUCAAAUGAAUCCAUUGCAGUUGAGAAUAGACAGUUACUGGAAGAAUGUGUUGUCUUAUUGACUAAUCCAGGAAUUGGGGAAAAACAGCCAAGGAAAUUGCAGAUUCUGGUCAAAAAAGAUGAACUGGGAAUGUUUCCCUAAUCAGCAGUUUUUUAGCCUGAAAUUUGAAGUUCCCUUGUCAAUUCCCCAAUUCACAGUUUAUCAAAUAAACCUGUAACUUUUUUUUUUUGUAGGUAAUUUGUUUUCUUUAAGCAAGUGAAAUGAGGAGCGCAAUGCAGAAUGUGUUGGUUUUAUAGGACAUUGAUUGCUAGCAAAUGCUUUAUUAUUAGAGCUGAAAUAGCUUAAUUAUUAGUCUACGCUCGUGUUUUAUUGUAAAUCAGCGGUUCUUAAUUUUGUCUCAGAAGAACUCAAAUUGCAUAUAUGGUAUUAACAAAGCUAUCAAUUCUUCAGUUUUAAAAUCAAUUCAGUUACUUAAUUCUCCAGUUGUAAAAUAAGCAAAAUAAAUUCUGCAAAAGAACUUAAACAGCCACUUCUCACUUACAGGUGGUCUCUAUUACUCUGGGAAACUAUCUACUGUGAGUAGUUGCCUGGGCCUUGAUGGAUAUGAUGUUCUGUGUUCCAACCUGUUUAAUGAAAUAGCUGACUUAAAUGAACUAGUAUAUCACAGAUUGUCUCAAUAGAAAACAGGACUUUAUAAAAAAAAAAAUAUAUAUAUAUAUACUACAUGGCUGACUGCAUGCACGUAGGAAGUCUGUUUAAUAAUAAUAAUAUCCCUUUAAAAGGGAUAUCUGUCAAUCUGAAUACAGCUCUACCUUGCAAAAAGUGUCUGCUUGAAAUCCGUUAAAAAGAUCCUUAUUAAAAAUGCACUGUGUGCAAAUGGAUGAUUACUUUCUUAACAGUUUUUGUGCUCGUCAAGCUACCUGAGAUGUAAACAUUAGAAGUAGGCACUAUAUAAAACGGAGGCCUCCCGCAAAUAGAAAAACAACACUGCUACGUGAUUUAAUGUAGAGUUAAACUUGUCUUUCUCACUUUAAAAUUUUAUUAAUUUAUUCUGUAACUUUAAUGUGGCUCUCACUUUUAGGAGUAUUUGCAUAUUUUGCAAAGACCCUUAAAGGUGACAUACCCACUCUGUGUGUGAUGGUUGGAGGGUGAAGCUAAAGACACCCAACGCGGGUGCAACGAUCUUUCAUUUUUAGCUCCUUGUACUUCCUCCAUGUCACUGCUGUGAAGUGACCAGAGGUAGCAAAGCCGCUUUAAGCCGUCUGUAACGAUGCAUGUCAGUGCAUCACCAUUAUCGUUUAUAUAUUGCAGCUCUACAAUGGGGAUAUAAGAAAAUUAAGGGGGCCCUGCUCAAAUACGCAUACACUCUAGGAAGAUAGGGGGUAUAAGAACACAAGAAGAAGAAAGUCGAAAUUGGGGAGAGUUUUGUAGGUAGGGCACCUGGGUCUAGGUCAAAUUUUGGAACCCCAAAUAGUAGAGAGAGAGUAAUAUUUUAGCAUAUGUCUCAUCAUUUUCAUGCAAUAAUUCUAAUUGAAUCAUUAUGUAUAUCAUAGUUAUCACUUGAACAUAUUACAGGUUUUUUUUGUGUAGUGUUGAGGUGGUCUUUAUUUAUUUUUUUUAAUUAUAAAGCGCAGACAUAAUAAAAUGAGUAACGUACAUGUAACUGAAACAAGUUUGGAUAAAGAUUUAUCAGAUGGAGAAGGGCUCUGCUUAAAUAAAUAUUGUUAACAGAAAAGUUCCAAAAGUGGAACAAUGGCCAAGGAAAAGCGUGGAUUCAGCAUUCAACUGCUUUCCUACUAUUACCCCACGUUUAUAGCUUUGUAUCACUUUGCUUUUAGCAACAAUGAUGACACAUUAUAGGUGCCCCCUAAGCAACAUAAACAGUACAGCUUGGUGAAGUGUUGCUUAGAGUGUUCCUUUAAGAAUCUAAGGUAUGAGUGUAACUUUGGCCUCCCAACUGUUGAUGGACUAAACCUCUGUAGAGGUAACAUCACAUUACAGAUAAAUUAUAUAUAAUUGCGGCCAGAGCUGCUACCAUAGCCAUCAUGCCAGGUUGGUGGGUGUUACACUAAAACACUUAUUUGUAAGUGAGCAUUUUGUAUGUGAUGCCAUCUUUCCAAUAGGAAACAUUAUGGACCUUUCAUAUUGUACAAUCUACUUUUCUAUGACCAAGGGCUCAAAUAUUAGUAGGCAAGUAAAAAUCCGUGUAACAUCAUUCCUUUAAAUGUAUAAUUUUUACAGCUAUUUUUUUUUUUUAAUGAAUUUACUCCCAGUAUAUAUAUAUUUAUUGACAAGGGCUGUCAUUGCAUUCUAAUGUAUAGCUUUAUCUUGUGGUUGUGCAGGAACUGCCAUACCAUCUGCAGUGUAUUUUUUGGGUGGCCUGUGGUAUUAUUUACUGAGAAAAGAUGGG